AUGCGUGCAACAAUAGCCUGUGUUGUAGCAGGUGCCACUACGUUGAUUACCACUCUUUCCCUGGCAGCUGCCGGUACAGCACUGUUAAUUCUAGCCCCUACCGCCUCCGCGGGAAGCUCAAGCGUAGUUCCCUGUGUAGUUGGCAAUGGCAACAAGGAGUUGUGUGACUCGUGUGACGAAAGUAAGGCAAUUGAGGUUACUUCCUGGAACAAUGCCACUUGGGUAAAGGACUUUAACAUGGGGGAUGCGCCAGCAGAGACUGGUCCAGGCUACAAGGUGUACUGGAAAAUAGACCAACCAGCAGCAAACUGCCGCGUUCUCCUCUUCGACGACUUCAACAGCGACAAAGGCAGCAUCGAGCCAGGGCUUUCGGGACGAAUCAGGCUAUCAGUGAACAAGGGCGGUUGUUACAUGUCCACCAUCCGCUCCGGAGGAGUUGGCGCUGGAGCUUGCUGUGGCGCAGAAUGUGUCAGGAUUGGCGCUUUCCCCGGCGGUACUACAACGAAGCGCUCCGAGCCCGCAUCCAAAGACCCCACGAGCUCACCACAACUAUACACUCCACGCAGGAGUAGAAGGAGUAAAUCACAGUGGCUGAGUCGACGCAAUACGGGCGGGCAGAACAAGAAUCCAUUCGCGAAUCGACCUGCCUCUAGUGCUAACUGGAAUGCAAAGCCAGAAGGCCCUACCUACACAAAGUCAGGGAAGCAGGUUGUAGAUGGUAAUUCAUUUCCCUGUGGAUCUGACAUUGGCUGCGACAUGUCAGUAGAGUUUGAGGCUAGCGUGGCCUCAAGCGUGUCUAGCGAAAAGUCGACAACUUAUACGAACAGUGAAGGGAUGUCGUUCGAGGCAAUGGCCGGAUGGAUGUUAUCUGGUCCCACGGCUACUUUUAGUGUUGGGUACAACAAGGAAUUUUCCGAGGCUGUAUCUUCGUCAACAGGCAAUACUAACACAGACACAAAGUCAAAAGGAAUCAGCUUUCGACAGCAGGUAACACCGGGAUUUCAGUACAACGGUAAGAGCCCUGGGUAG